CCAUGGUAGUCAUGCAGUUUUUCAUGUUUGCCUCCCUUUGUCUCCCGUGUUUGGCCAAUGCCAUGCAUGUAGCCACCUUGUCCACUGCUGAAACCGCCACAACAAGCAGCACUGACCACCAAGCGCUCGUGUCAUUCGGUUCUCUGAUUAAAGGAGAUCCAUUCCAAGCACUGAAUUCAUGGGGAAACCACUCGAUCCCUGUAUGCCAAUGGCGCGGAGUGGCCUGCGGCACGCGUGGCCACCGCCGCGGACGCGUCGUGGCACUGGAUCUUCACGGGCUCAACCUUGUUGGCACCAUUGCCUCUUCCAUAGGUAACCUAACUUACCUCAGGCAUUUUGCCCUUCAAGAGAACAGCUUUUAUGGUGUCAUACCAUCAGAGGUUGGACAUCUCGUACAACUCGAGUAUCUGAACCUUAGCAGGAACUCCAUCGGCGGGGAGAUCCCGCCGACACUGGCCACUUGUGUUCAGCUUCGAGUUAUUGAUCUGAGGCACAACAUGCAUAAAGGCUUGGUGCCCCGGGAGUUGGCAUCCUUGCAUAAUCUUGAGGUAUUGGCUCUUGGGUACAACAACCUUACAGGAAGUAUCCCUGUGGAGAUUGGAAACCUGAAAGGCCUGACCCAUCUUCAUCUGGCGUCAAACAUGCUAGUAGGAGAAAUACCAACAGAGAUUGCAAAUCUUAGAAACUUGACCAAGUUAUAUCUUAGCUUCAAUCGCCUGUCAGGUCCUGUUCCUGCCUUUCUUGGUGGCCUCCAAAAAUUACAGAUUCUGUAUCUAGGGCCGAACCGUUUCUCAGGGCCGAUUCCACCUUCCCUAGGAAACCUCUCAUCUCUACUAGUUCUAGAUGUCCAAAUAAAUGGCCUAACUGGUAGCAUCCCUGAAUCGUUAGGAAAUCUGAAUCUGCUCAACGUCCUUUCUCUCACAUCUAAUAGUCUUACAGGCUCAAUCCCUCAUACUCUUGGAAAACUCAGUUCUCUCGUUGAGUUUUAUCUCAACGGGAAUCAACUCGAGGGUUCUAUACCACCUUCUGUCUAUAAUUUCUCAUCCCUCCAAAUUUUUAGUGUCCAAUACAACAACCUGAGUGGACCCAUUUCAUAUCACUUGGGUAAUAAGUUGCCACAACUCCAGAACCUUAGCAUAGACAAUAAUAGGUUUCAUGGGUCCAUCCCAGAGUCUUUGUGCAAUGCUUCAAUGCUUGAAAUAGUACAACUGAGCAAGAACUUCUUUUCCGGAGUAAUACCAAAAUGUCUUGGAGCUACCAUGAAGAGCUUAUCGGCACUGCUUCUCUCAUAUAACCAGCUAGAGGCAAGGAAUGAUGCCGAUUGGGAUUUCAUUUCUAGCUUGACAAACAGUAGUAUGCUACAGUACCUAGCUCUUGGCCAUAACAAACUACAAGGGGUGCUACCAAAUUCAAUGGCAAACCUUUCCACAAACUUGAGAUAUUUCAGCGUGUCAGGCAACAUGCUACGGGGAAAUAUACCUGAAGGAAUUGGAAAUCUUGUCAACUUGCAACACUUGCAGGUGGAUGGUAAUUUCCUAGAUGGAAAAAUUCCUGAAUCGAUUGGCAAUCUUAGGAUCCUGGUUGAAUUAUACUUGUCAAACAAUGGUUUAUCUGGACCAAUUCCGCCAAUGCUUGGAAAUCUCACAGCAUUAAUUAUACUUGACCUCAGCCAAAAUGUGCUUACUGGCCCCAUACCAUCCAGCCUUGGAAGCUGCCCUCUGGAGACAUUGAGCCUAGCAUUCAAUCAGCUUAUAGGUUCAAUACCAAAAGAGAUUUUCCUCAUAUCGGCACUAUCUGUUUCCAUGGAGCUGCAAGGGAACAUGUUAACUGGGACAUUUCCUCAAGAAGUUAGUAAUCUAGUGAAUCUUGGAUAUCUGAAUGUGUCUGACAACAGGAUAUCUGGCUUAAUUUCUGCCUCUCUAGCUCAGUGCAGAAGUUUGCAGUAUCUCAGUAUGGAAGGUAACCUAUUUCAGGGCCCAAUUCCAGCAUCAAUGUCACAGAUGAAAGGCCUUCUGGUUCUUGAUGUUUCAAGAAACAACUUGUCCGGGGACAUCCCAGUAUUCCUUGGGGACAUGCAGGGGCUCGCUAUCCUGAACAUAUCAUUCAACAAUUUUGAGGGUGAAGUUCCAAAACGUGGAUUAUUUCUGAAUGCAAGUGCAGCUCUGAUUGAAGGGAACUAUGGAUUAUGUGGAGGUAUCCCCCAAUUCAACUUGCAUCCCUGCUCAAAUCAUACAUCCGAGAAGUGGUCUCACAAGCUUGUCGUGUUGAUCUCAGUAGGAAGCGCAGUUCUUUGCAUUAUGUUAGUACUAUUUGCACUAUUUGCACACCGGAAAUUGAGAAGCAAGUUUACAAUGACAAGACGGGUUCCAUCACUCCAUAGCGGACAGCAUAUAAGGGUUACCUAUGUUGAAUUAGUGAGAGCAACAAGUGGUUUUGCUUCUGAGAACCUCAUAGGCACAGGAAGCUUCGGCUCUGUGUACAAAGGAAGAAUGAUGAAUGGAGAUCAGGAAGUGAUUGUCGCUGUGAAGGUGCUCAACCUCGAGCAGCGAGGGGCAUCUCAAAGCUUUGUUGCGGAAUGUGAGACUUUAAGAUGCAUCAGACAUCGAAACCUUGUGAAGAUAUUGACCGUCUGCUCGAGUAUUGAUUCCAGGGGUCUAGACUUCAAAGCUCUCGUAUUUGAGUUCAUGCCGAAUGGAGAUCUUGAUCAAUGGCAACACAGCCGUCUCCUGGAAGAUGGGAGCCAUGGCGUGCUCAGUCUUACCCAAAGGAUAGACAUUGCCAUUGAUGUAGCUUCAGCACUCGAAUACCUUCACCACAAUAAGCCAGUGCCAAUAGUUCAUUGUGAUCUUAAGCCAAGCAAUAUUCUCCUCGAUAAUGACAUGGUUUCCCAUGUGGGUGACUUUGGACUCGCAAGGUUCUUGCAGCAGGAUGAUACUAGCCUCCCAGAAAUAUCAAGUGGUUGGGCUACAAGAAGGGGAACAAUUGGAUAUGCUGCCCCAGAGUACGGCCAAGCAAAUGAAGUCUCGGUCUAUGGUGAUACCUAUAGCUACGGAAUACUGCUGUUAGAGUUGUUCACUGGCAAAAGGCCAACUGAUGGUGAGUUUCUGCAAGAUCUAAACCUACAUAGUUACGUUGAGAUAGCACUCAGAGACAAAGCAGCCAACCUGGUCGAUCUGUGCUUACUAUCUUCACUGGAGGAAGGGACAACCAUGAGGGCUGCAUGCAUCACUUCAAUUCUGCACAUUGGGAUAUUAUGUUCAAAGGAACAGCCAGCUGAUCGCAUGCAGAUUGGGGAUGCUAUGAGAGAGCUACUGGCGAUCAGAGACAAGUAUCACACACACCUAUUGAGUGAAGGUGGGUCCAUCUAACUUGAUGGCCCUCGCUUCAUUGUGAUUACUAUUCAUCAUAGUACAGCAAAACAGAAGGUGGUGCAAGCUUUGUUGCUGCAAUUUACUAGCCAACUAAUAUGCCUAUCUUAUGAAAGGAAUUUCAACAUGAUAUGGUAAUGGUUUGUGAACAAUGGGAGCAGCACAUUGCAAUGUACCUUAGUCAUCGGGUCACCAAAAUUCUAGUUAGAAGGCUCUUCUUUAUGUUAACAUAUUCUCUUUAUAGAAAAGACCACAUCAUGUAUUUUCUCUCUGUUCCUAUCUUGAGGCAAAUUUGCUGUAGUUACUGGAGAAGUAAGAAUAUUGUGUUAUCAUUAAAA